GCCAUCCGAGAUGUCGCGGGAGCCCGGAGCGCGUAGAACAGUCCUUUGAGCUAGCGUAGGGGUCAGAGGCGCGAGAGGGAGGCUGGUGGCGAGCAAGGUCCCUCCUUUUAGCUUCAGGAACUCCUCGAUCCUGGCUGCGACUCCGAAGCCGCACUCAGAAUGGUCCAGCGUCUGACAUACCGGCGUCGGCUUUCCUACAACACAGCCUCGAACAAAACUAGGCUGUCCCGAACCCCUGGUAAUAGAAUUGUUUACCUUUAUACCAAGAAGGUUGGGAAAGCACCCAAGUCUGCAUGUGGCGUGUGCCCGGGCAGACUUCGAGGGGUUCGUGCUGUGCGACCCAAAGUUCUUAUGAGGUUGUCUAAAACAAAAAAACACGUCAGCAGGGCCUAUGGUGGUUCCAUGUGUGCUAAAUGUGUUCGUGACAGGAUCAAGCGUGCUUUCCUUAUCGAGGAGCAGAAAAUUGUCGUGAAGGUGUUGAAGGCACAAGCACAGAGCCAGAAAGCGAAAUAAGAAAAUGAAGCUUUUUUGAGUAAUAAAAAUUAAAAGGCUUA